GCUCGCACCACAUCCCCCAGAGAAGAAAAACAAAGACGACUGGAACUACAUGUACGGAACCAUCCCGCAGUUCAUCCUGGACAACGAGAGUGAGGAGAUCCUGCAUUUGCACAAAACAAACAUGGAAUUGGAAAAACGCAAAAUUGGCAUGCAGAAUGGCUACACACAGUAUGUCAAGUGCAGACCUGUCCCCUGUAAGGAGAGUGUGAGGCUGAUCAAGGAAAGAGAAUUGCUUAGUGUCAUUGGUCAUCACCCUUUGCUCGUGCAGAACACAGAUGCGGCAGAGAUGGAUGCCAAACGCCUUGAGAUGCUGCAGAAACUGAAGACACUCACACCAAAAAUUACUGUCUUUGAGAUGAGCAAGAAUAAGUCUGAGUUCAAGUCCAAGGUACUGUCCAACAUGCAGGAAAAGAGGGAACAUGAUGAAGCCCGUAUCAAGGCCUUCCAAAAGACCCUACAGGAGAAGAAAGAAGCAAAGGAAGAGAAGGACGCAAGUGCAAAGGAGAGUUUUGAGAGAGUGCAGAAGUUGGAGCAAAGCACAGCUGAGGAGGUUGAGGACACUUUUGCCAAUGUCAGGAAUGCGAAAAAGUAUAAGAACAAGAAAGCCAGGUCUGAGAGUCAGGACACCUUCAUUGAAAAGGAAAAAGAAGACUUCAGAGAUAAGCAGUUCUACAUUCCUUACACACGAGGAGAGCUUGAAAAUUCAGAUGGUGCUGGAGUAGGCAGUAGUUUCCAUAAAGACACAGCCGAGGCAGCAAUGGAUCUCACAUUUGAUGAUGAAGAGACACAGAGACAGAGCAAAUCAUUCAUGAGAUGGGAUCGUAAAAAGAAAAAGUUCGUCGGAGUGCAAAAUGAAAAGAGGAUCAAGACAGAGUCAGGUCAGUCUAUAAGUGCAACGUACAAGACAAACCGAUACAAGAGGUGGCUGAAGACAGGCAGGCAGCACAAGGAAGUUGAUGAAGAAGAAGAAGCCGAGCAAGCCAACACAAGGGAGGGAAGGAAGGCAGGAGGCGUGAAGACUCUGAAUGAAAAGUCGUUCGGCAAGCACCAUCCACUGAUGGAGGGCAAAAUUCCAAAGUACAAGAGAGGACCGAGGAUAGAACUGAGAUCGGAGGAACGAUUCCAGAAGAACAUCAAGAGAGAGAGAUGAGAACUUCAAGAAGGCCAAGCAAGGAAGAAGGAAGAACCAAUUGGCAUUGAGGCAGAAACUGAAGCAGCAUCGUAAGAUGUUGAGGUUUCAGAGACAGGGAAUUCAUUACUCUAUGGAUGGGGAUUUAUAGAUUUUAGGAUUGUUAUGUGUUUAAUAAAAUGUCUAUAAGGAGUAA